UAGUCUAUGUUAUUGUUGUGAACUUUUAAGCAGUGCAGAAACGUGGUUCCUCGGCCAAGAAGGAACGAUCCGAUAUAACUGCCCCCGCUUCUGUGAUCAUGUCCGACUGUGUGGAGGUUGCAAUUACGAGCGAUUCCAGCGACCAGCUGUGGAGCUGCUGCGUGUGGGAUGUCCGCACCGGAACGCAGCUGAUGUCCUACAAGGGUGGUGGCGCUCCCGGAGCUCACACGCUGUCCGUUGUGAAGAAUCAGUUUGUGUUGACGGGGAAUCUAGUGAAGCCGAUGCUGCACGUUUGGCCGAUUAACCGUCACGAACCGGUGUCAACGAGAUUCAUCCUGCCAGGACGGCCGACCGCGGUUGCCGUUUCUCCAGAUGGAAACUACUGCCUGGUGGCGGUACAGGAAACGAUCUACGUCUAUCAGCUUGUUACGGGGGCAAUCUUGACCACAGUCUCUCGUCACUACCAGACAGUCAACAUUCUAAGAUUCACGGACGAUGGAUCGCACUUUAUCAGCGCCGGACAGGAUGGAAUGGUGCUUGUGUGGAGCCUGGCCCAGGUGGUCCAAGUCUUCCAGAAGCAAACACUAAGUGCUCUUUACUCGUUUUCUGACCACGCACUUCCGGUCACGGAUUUAUACGUUGGAGCCGGCGGUAUGAAGGCAGUAUUCUGCUCAGUAUCCGUAGAUCGUACUUGCAAGAUCUACGACUUGGCAUCCGGAACGAUGCUCCUGAACAUGGUGUUCCCAGAGGCGCUUUCGUCCGUGACGAUGGACAAAUUGGAAUCGAACGUAUUCGUCGGAACAAACGAUGGGCCAAUCUACAAAUUCAGCUUGCUUUCCCCACCUCGCACCAAGGAGUAUCACUUUGAUCGAGCACAGCAGCAAAAGAACGCCUUCCUGGGCCACAAAAAAUCGGUCACGUGCCUUUCGGUGUCCGUCGACGGAGAAACGCUUCUGUCGGGUGGCGCAGACGAAAAUGUGUUCGUUUGGCACAUCAAAAGCCGACAGCAAAUCCGUACAAUACCCCACAAAGGGGCAGUCACAAAUGCGACUUUUCUGAUGACCCCAAAGGCGAUGUUCAACCAGGAGGUUAAAAUAAACCCAUUGUUCCAGCCGUUCCAAAAGAUGGCCUAUCCGAGCGACAAAAUUGACGAGCUCUGUAUUGAUGUUGAAGUACUUGAAGAGGUGCGCGAAACACAGCCUGCUGAAAACGGACACAAUGCUGUGCGCACUACCGCAGUGGGUCAAUCCUCCGGUAAUCAGGAGGAGAUCGCCAAGUUGAAGAAAGAGAUUCAACAUUUAAAGAUGGUCAACAAGGAAAUGUACGAGUUUACCGUAAAGAAUAUCAUGAGAGAUAGUUAGAUCAAACGGUAUCGAAAUACAUUUUUCUUCUUCGA